AUGGAUUCUUACCGCACCUACUGGGCAUCUAAUCUGUUUAGUGGUUUGUGGACUGAAGGCCAAGAAGAAGAUACAUAUGAGGUUGAAUCUCGUGUGCCUUUACCAUAUCCUUUUCCUUUCACUGAACACUUGGAUGAGAAUAAUUCUGUAGUUGUAAAUACUUCAAUUUUUCACUUCAGCCACAAAAAAAAGGGGCACAUUUUAAAAGUUGUCUCAAAAAUCUCCUUGCCUACACCUCCCUAUUCACUUGAACAUGCUAAAAUUACUCAGACAGAACUCAUGCAAGAGUCCUUCAAAAAGCAACAAGAGGCCACAGAAUUUAUCAAGUAUCAGGAAGAACUACAAGAACGUCUUAAUGAAGAAACCAAAGCCAGAGAGCAGCUGGCUUUGGAGCUUAGUAAAGCUGAAGGCCUCAUUGAUGGUUAUGCAGAUGAAAAAGCAUUUCUGGAAAAACAACUCCAGGAAAAAAUAGAUGUAAUUGACCAUCUUGAGCAAGAACUACUGUGUACAGGUAACAAAUUGCAGGAGUUAGAGGCUGAACAGCAGCAGAUCCAGGAAGAAAAGGAGUUACUCUCCAGACAGAAGAACGCCAUGAGAGCAGAUGCAGGGCCAGUAGAGCAGCAAUUGCUGGAGGAAACAGAAAAGCUAAUGAAAGAAAAAAUUGAAGUACAGCGUCAAGCUGAAAAAGAGUAUGAUGACCUUCAGAAGCAAGUGAAAGUCUUGGAAAUAGACUUGGAAGAACAAGUCAAUCGUUUCAUAGAGCUAGAGCAAGAAAAAAAUGCAGAACUAAUGGACUUAAGGCAGCAAAACCAGGCUUUGGAGAAGCAACUUGAGAAAACAAGAAAAUUUCUAGAUGAGCAAGCAGUUGACCGAGAGCAUGAGAGAGACGUAUUCCAGCAAGAGAUACAGAAGCUGGAACAGCAGCUUAAGAUUCCACAAAGGAGUCAGCCUGUCAAUGAACAUCAAACCAGAGAGGUUGAACAGUUAACAAAUCAUCUAAAAGAAAAAACAGACAGAUGCAGUGAGCUUUUGCUCUCUAAGGAGCAACUUCAGAGAGAUAUACAAGAACGAAAUGAAGAAAUUGAGAAACUAGAAUGCAGGAUAAGAGAAUUGGAACAAGCCUUAAUCAUCAGUGCAGACAACUUGCAAAAGGUAGAGGAAAGAAAACAGCUUGGCACCAUCAUAGUAAAGGGAGAAUUACCUCUUGAAGUACAACUGCAAGCUGAACGAGAAGCUGUAGACAGAAAGGAAAAGGAGGUCACAAACCUUGAGGAACAACUGGAGCAGUUUCGAGAAGAGCUAGAAAAUAAAAAUGAAGAAGUUCAGCAAUUGCACAUGCAACUAGAAAUUCAGCGAAAGGAGUCCACUACACACUUGCAAGAACUUGAACAAGAGAACAAAUUAUUUAAGGAUGAAAUGGAAAUACUGGGACUAGCUAUCCAGAAAACUGAAGAUGCCACCAUAAAGGACCAUCGUUUAGUGGCUGGGAGGCUCGCUCACAUCAUGCAAGAAAAGGAGCAGGAAAUAGAUCAUCUUCAUGAACAAAUUGCAAAACUGCAACAGCAACUUGAAGUCACAACUGACAACAAAGUUAUUGAAGAGCAAAAUGAGCAUAUACGGGAGCUUGAAGCCCAGGUAGAAUGUCUGAAAAGUGACCAAGAACGUGUGAAGAAAAAAAAUGAUGAGGAAGUAGAGCAGUUGAAUGAUGUAAUUGAUAAGCUUCAGCAGGAACUGGCAAAUAUUGAACAAAAGGUACCUGCAGACAUUGUUGCUUUUCAAGAAGAUGCUGACAAUCUGACACACACACUUGAAACAGUUCUGGCAGAAAAGGAAGCUUUGGAAAAGCAAGUAGAAAACAUCAGUGUAGAGGCAUCUCAAACAAAGAAUGAGCUCGAGGAAACUAAGUUAAAAAUGAACCAGCUAAAGCAAGAAAUAAGUAUGUUAAAAAAAGAGCAUGAAAGUAUAACAGAGAAAUGUAAGUGUGCACUGAUGAAAGGUGAUGGGGAAAAAACAGGAGAUAGGAGCAAUGGGAAAACUGAAAAAGCGGAAGAAGGCUUAUGUGAGAAGAUAGAGUUGCGAGAUCAGUCCCAGCUUAGGUCUUCAGAUGAGAAUACAAGAGUCGCCAUUAGCAAGAUGGAGGUACAACUGCAGCAACUUCAGGCAUGCAUUAAGGAAAAAGAUUCAGAACUGUGCCAGUCCUACAAUGAAAUAAAAGACCUGAAAGAGCAAGGCAAAGCUGAAAGAGAAAUACUUAAAAAGAGGAUAUUAGAACUGGAAAAGACACUAGUGGAAAAAGUUGCUGCUGCUCUUGUGAGUCAGGUUCAGCUGAAUGCCAUUCAAGAGCAAAGAAAAUUCAUGCAGGAAAUUCAGGAAGCCUCAAAAUGUGUGGAGGAAGCAAGCAAGAAUGCCCAAACAGAGAGUUUGGGUGAUAGAACUGAAAAUGAGAUGGAAUCAAAAUUAUCACUCUUAACAGAGAGGCUUAGAGAGAUGGAGGACCAACUGGCAAUGGUAAGUUGUAACUUGGAGCUAGAAAAAGAAAAUUUAAAAGUUGCACAAAAGGAAGCUAAGGUGAAAGAAGAGAGACUCUUAGAACUUCAGCAAUUACUAGAAGAGGUUCAAGAAAAACACAAAGGAGAGAUUCAGAAACAGAUCAAGCAAGAAGAAAUGCAGACAUAUCAGGUAGAAACACAACUCAUGGAAAGUCAAAAAGAAAAUCUGCUUAUUAAUGAAUUUGAACUAGAGAAAGGUAAAGAAGAGGCAGCUGCUGCUAAGGAAGAACUCAGCAGUUACAGAGAAAAGGCAGAAAAACUUCAGCAAGAACUAGCAGUAAAAGAAGAAAGUCUGAGACGUCUUCAGGAAGACCUGUGCAAAGUCAAAGAGAACCUAGUUCAAGCAGAAGAGAGGCUUGCAAGUUAUGUGAGAAAGGACAAGGAAAUGGCAAAAACUGAAAGCAAAAAGGAUGCAGAAAUAUUGUGUGAUUUGUCAACCAUUGAGUCUACUCUAAUUAGAAAAAGCUCAUCAUCGCAAACAGACAAGACUGGGGAAAUAAACAGCUGUAUCCAAACUUCACCUGUCCUUGUUAAAAAUGCAGAAAUCCAAAUCGAUUUGCAAAAUGGAUGUUCUUCAGAAGAGAUUGCAGAGAUCAUAAGAGAAUUUACUGAAAAAAUCGACCAAAUGCAAGAACUCCACGCUGCUGAGAUCAUGGACAUGGAGGCAAGGCAUAUCUCUGAAUCUGAAGCAUUAAAGAGAGAGAAGUUUGUUGCAGUGCAAGUAUUGACUGAAGAAUGUAAUACUUUAAAGGAAGUCAUAGAAACUCUACAAGCAAAAGAGGGAAUCCCAGUUUCUGGAUUAGCACGUGCUCCACCGUAUCAAGCUAGAGAUGGAGGUUCUAGUGACUCCAGUUCAGACUGGAGUCAAGGAAUGUAUCUUGCUCAGACCCAGGAAUCUGACAUGAUAUCUGAAGGAAUAGAUGAAGGUGAAACUUCAACAGAUUUACUUCCAAAAAAAAUUAAGGGUUUGCUGAGAGCAGUCCAUCAUGAAGGCAUACAGGUGCUGUCUCUCACUGAAUUUCCAUAUGGUGAAAGAGAGAUGCCACCUCUUAAACAAGAGCCAGAGUCUUGGCUUGAGGAAAGGAAAGCUUUUCUAAGCACUAUUUCAUCUUUGAAAGACCUAAUUGCAAAAAUGCAACUUCAUAGAGAAGCUGAGAUUUAUGCAAGUACUGAAUCUCCUGAAGGUGUCUCAGACUGGCGAGGAGAACUUCUGCAUGCUAUUCAACAGCUUUUUGUGAGAGAACAAAAUGUUCUUCUUGCUGCGUUUCAAACUGAACUUGCAGAACAGGGCACAAGAGAUGCAGUGAUAUUGAUGAAUCAGUUAGAGCACAGACUACAAGAGCAGGCUACUAACCAGAGAGCAGCAAUGGACUGUCUUCAGAAUGCAGACAGAAGAAGUUUGCUGAUGGAGAUUCAAUUAUUACAUGCUCAGAUGAACAGUAAGAAAAAUAAUCCAAAGAGAGAACAAGAGAUUAAUUCAAAAAGCCAAGAAAUGCUGGAGUAUAAUAUGCAGCAGAAGCAGUCACAGAUACUGGAGAUGCAAGUGGAGCUCCGGAGUAUGAAGGACAAAGCAGCUGAGCUUCAGGAACAGCUGAAUUCGGAGAGAAUGAUGGGUGCUGAGCUGAAGAAUGAACUUGCACAAGCCAAACUAGAGCUUGAAACAACCCUUAAAGCACAGCACAAGCACUUCAAGGACCUAGAAACCAUCAGGACUGAAGUUAAAGAAAAAGCAGCUGAGCUAGAUAUUCUCAAGGAUACAAUGGCCAGUGAACAGAAAAAAUCAAGAGAGCUACAGUGGGCUUUGGAAAAGGAAAAAGCUAAAAUGGAACGCAGUGAGGAAAGAGGAAGAGAAGAGCUUGAGGAUUUAAAAUUUUCACUUGAAGAUCAAAACCAAAAGAACUUACAGUUAACUAAACUUUUGGAGCAAGAGAAACAGCUGUCAGCUGAUCUGCAACAGAAAAUUGAAUCCCAAGAAGCACUCAGUGCUGCCCAGCUGUCACGUGAACAAGGUCGUAAUUCUGAGUUGCAGGUGCUUCUUGAAUCAGAGAAGGUUCGAGCUCUCGAAAUAAGCAGUGCCCUAGAAAGGGAAAAAGAGCUAUGUGCUCAGCUUCAAAGUGCUGAAGAUAAGGGGCAAGCUGGAACACCUAAUCCAUCUGAGGAAUUACUUAAAGAGCUACAGAAACAAAUGGAUGAAAAGCAUGACCGUAUAGUGGAGUUAGUGAGUGAGAUGGAGAAGUAUAAACUGGAAUCUGUGCAAGUGAGACAGCAAAUGGAAAAAGAAAGGCAGAUCCAGAGGAAAGCAUUACAAGCAGAACAAGAUGCUAACAUAGUAGCACAGAAGAAACUCCAUGAACUGGAGUCCAAAGUAGAAGACCUUCAGUGGCAACUUGGAGAAAAGAAGCAUGAAGUUCAUAAAUUAGGGAAUGAAACAAAGAAGUUGCAGGAAAUAAUCCAAGAACUGCAGAAAAAAGAGCAGGAGCAUGAAGGAAGAAAGGAAGCUGAAAGGACACCAAGCCACAAUCCAAAUGAGACUACCUGGGAUACACCCAAUGACAGAACAAGAAAUUGGGUUCUCCAGCAAAAAAUGGAAGGAGCUGAGGCAAAUGAAUCAACCUACCCCACGCUGACAGGAGGAGGAGAUCUCUCUGCUGCUACUGAAAUUCUGGAAAAUGUCAGACAGAAGCUGCAAAACGCAUCUCCAAAGCUGAAGCAGUUGGCUUGGAAAGCUGCUAGCAGAUUACAGUUUGAAACAGCAGAUGAUCAAGACUUCAUUGCAAUACAAAAUGCUAUUGAAGAAGUUAUUUCAGAACUGCAAAAACUGCCCGGAUUGUCCUAUCUGGAAGAGCUGGUGCUACCACCAGGGACUCCAUCUAGCUCGUUGACUGAGAGGCUGCUGAGACAAAAUGCUGAGCUGACGGGCUUUGUCAGCAGACUGAGUGAAGAAAAGAAUAAUUUGAGGAAUGCUGUUAUGAAACUGGAGGAAGAACUGAGGAGAUACCAGCACAGACAACCUUCUGGAGACUAUUCUUCUAGACACCCAUCGGAUGUUGGAGUUAAUAUUGAUACUCUUGUUGCCUCUGAGAAGGAAAUUUGGAACAGAGAAAAGCUGUCACUGCAGAAAUCUUUGAAACAAGCCGAUGCAGAGCUCUCCAAGCUGAGAGCAGAGCUCAGGAGCGAAGCUUUCCUCAGAGAACUGGGAUCAGAUUCUGAAAAUGCUGUUUUAAGGAGAAUUUAUGGCAAAUACCUACGAGCAGAGAGCUUUCGGAAAGCUCUCAUAUAUCAGAAAAAAUAUUUGCUGCUGUUACUAGGCGGAUUCCAGGAGUGUGAAGAAGCCACACUCGCCCUCAUUGCACGAAUGGGUGGACAGCCUUCCUACACAGACCUCGAAAUCAUCACCCAUCGUUCAAAGGGUUUUACAAGAUUUCGCUCUGCAGUCAGAGUGUCCAUCGCAAUUUCAAGAAUGAAGUUCCUGGUUCGUCGAUGGCACAGACUUACGGGUCCUGGUAUACUAAGUAUCAACAGGGAUGUCUUUAGCCAGAACACAGGUAAUGAAUUACGGCCUGAUUCAUUCUCUGGUGGCAUGGAUCUUUAUGGAGAACAGAGGCAUUCCUAUAGAUCCAGGUCAGACAUGGAGUCUCCUAGAUCUCCUGUAAACUUUCAACAUAAGUUCCAUGGUACACAUGCUGAUUUAAACCCAGCCUCUUUCGCCUGUUCUCAACUGCAGAACUAUGAUCCUGAAAGAGCUUUAACAGAUUACAUCAAUCGGCUGGAGGCACUACAAAGGCGACUCGGCAGUGUGCAGUCAGGUUCGACUUCAUACACUCAGUUGCACGUGGGUAUGAGAAGAUAAUAAUACUCUUUCAACAACUCCAUCACUGGCAGUGAUGUUAAUGGAUUGCCUUCUGUAGAUCCGUGCUCUUUCUGUGCUUUUGUAUAAUGUGUAUAUUGUGGGACCAAUAUGAACACAGCUAUACGAUUGUAUACAGUUCCAUCCUGGCACACCCACGCAGACUGGGAUUUGUGUAUAUAGGCACUUUGUGUUCAUGAAAAAAAAAAAACAAAACUGAAAAAACCCACCAUUAAAUUACAUGUAUAUUUGUGGAAUGCUAAUUUAAAUGAUUAACUUAUGAAGUGUGUAUUUAUCAACAGGGUGCAAAGAUGAAACUUGUGUAUUAAUGAAAUUGAGCUACAUUCAGCGAAGUUUACUUGCACUUUUUCCAGCAAGGCAACUGAAGUUACAUGACUCGUAAUAUUUGCUACUGGCAGUGCAGACAGAAUAUCACUUGUAGAGACCUAUUUUUGUAAUGGUAGAAGUUUUGAAUUUUAUGGGUAUUUUGUCAAAGUACUGA